CCUCUGCUGUUGUUCUAAACGCCUGCAACCUCGUCCCCUUCGCCCCUUCAUCUUCCUUCUCCCUGCGCGUUGCAUUUCUCCUUGCACAUAAGUACUGGACAGCCAAAAUACUUGCCUCCUUGCCAAUCCAACUGAAUUACCUGCUCCAUCCCAGCCCUUCCUUCUCCUUACCCUUGACUUCAGUCCUCUCGGCCGCAGUACUUGUUUGCUUUUCGACUUCGGACUAUACGCAACCUCUGCAAAAAUGGACUACAGCAUGGAGGACACCCAGAAUGCCGCCCCCGGCAGCGUCCAGGCGGCCAAGCUCAGCGGCACCAGGAAGGGACCUGACGCGCAAAGUGUCACCAAGAGAUUGCAGACGGAGCUGAUGCAGCUUAUGACCUCGCCGGCCCCUGGCGUCUCUGCCUUCCCCUCGGCGGACGGCAACCUCAUGUCCUGGACGGCCACUAUUGAAGGUCCCGACCAGACCCCCUACGCCGGCCUGACGCUGAAGCUCAGCCUGUCCUUCCCCACCAACUACCCCUACGCGCCGCCGACGGUGCUCUUCACGACGCCCAUCUACCACCCCAACUUUGACUUCUCCGGCCGCAUCUGCCUAGACAUCCUCAAGGACAAGUGGACGCCCGCCUACAACAUCCAGACCGUCCUUCUCAGCUUGCAAAGUUUGCUGGGCGAGCCAAACAACUCCUCUCCUCUCAACGGCGAGGCCGCCGAGCUUUGGGACAAGGACUUUGAGGAGUUCAAGCGCAAGGUCCUCGCUCGUCACCGCGACGUCGAAGACGAGUGAGUGUACUACGACCCUGACGAAGAGGCGGUGGUUCCUGAGCAGGGCGAGGAGGGCAUUAUUUCGAGCACAGGAGAAUUGGAGUCAAGUCUGUCUGGUAUGAUUACGGGUCGUUU